AAUUUUUCAAAGUAGGAUUUCAGUCGUGUAAAUAUAAUUACGAAGCGAGUCGUUUCGAGAUCCGUUCGAUGAAUUCUUUGCGUGGAAAUUAGGAGCGCGAGUGUGUCUGGAUUCGAGGCUUCGUAUAAAUACAUCUACAUCCUGAAAAUUACCGGCAGUCAUUGCGAAGGUCUUGUGAUGAAGAGUUUGUCGCCCAACGAGGGCAAAGUUUAAGAACGUUUGCUCGAGCUGAGAAUGCCGGUGAAAGUUGACGUUGUCCCCCCACCGCCCGCAAACUCGAAGCAGCCGGGUGUCACAAAAUCUUUGCUUUACAACGGUUCGCGGUUCCAAGGCUCUCAAACAUCGAAAGGCAACAGUUACGACGUAGAAGUAGUUUUGCAGCACGUAGACGAGGAAAAUAGUUAUCUCUGUGGUUAUCUUAAAAUUAAGAAUCUCACAGAGGAAUAUCCAUCUUUGACAACAUUUUUUGAUGGUGAAAUUAUAUCAAAAAAGUAUCCCUUUCUGACUCGUAAAUGGGAUGCGGAUGAAGAUGUUGAUAAAAAACAUUGGAGCAAAUUUGAAUCGUUUUGUCAGUACGCCAAAACUUUUAAUUCAGACACAUUUGAUUAUGAAUCUGUGAAAGGAACCGAUUUUGUUUUUAUGAGAUGGAAAGAACAUUUCUUGGUUCCCGAUCAUACUGUUCAAGAUAUCAGUGGUGCCUCAUUUGCAGGAUUUUAUUAUAUUUGCUUCCAAAAAUCUGCUGCUACAAUUGAUGGUUUUUAUUAUCAUCGUAGUUCUGAAUGGUAUCAGUCUCUGAAUUUAAAACAUGUUCCAGAGCAUAGUAUACAGAUCUAUGAGUUUAGGUGAAACUGAUAGUUUUUGCCCAACUGUUACCUAAAAUUCAUAUUUUUUCUUCCUAGCAUACAGAUCUCAUAAAUAUUGUAAUCUCAGAAUUAGUUUCUCAAUUUAAAUAUUUCUUUAAAUUGACCAUCUUAAUCGAGAUACUUGACAAUAAAGUAUUUCACCUAGUAUUUUUACACUGGUACAUGAUAUGCUGCUUAUUUCCUAUACAUAUUAGACAUGCUCUGAA